AUGCGCGCGUCCUACGAGGGCGAGGGUGAGGCCGCCGCGGGCUCGUGCGCGGCCGACGGCUCCCGGGCGGCGUGCGGUGGGGGCGCGCCAGGCGCCUUGCGGCCGGGGAACUUCCACGGCGUCAAGGGCCACGCGCACUACGUGUCUGCCAUCUCGGAGCUGCACCCUUCGCUGCCGCCCGACACCGUGCAGUCCCUGGUGGCCUCCGAGUGGUACCACCCAGGCCUCACCGCCCGCGCGGUCUGGUGCACCCAAGACUGCGGGGCCGAGUUCCGCCUGGCGCGGCAGCUCGACGACAGGCAGGAGGACAUCCGCCGGGAGGUCGAGUCCUUCUGGAGCCACCCGGACGCGCUGGCGGAGCUGAAGGGGGUUGGGUCCCACACCACGCAGUUCGACCGCCUGAUCGCCGGCAAUGGUACUUGGGUGGACGUAAGGCUUUGGCGUGGCCGGGCCUUCAACAGGCAUCUGUGCGAGAAGCACUUCCGCACCAUUUGUGGCAUUGUCGAGGCUUCGCCAGAGGUCUGGUCGAAUCCAUGGAGCCACGUCCUCCUCACGUGCUGA